UGUGUUCAGCUGCUCCAGCUGUCGUGCUCCACUCACUCUCUCAGGGCCAACAGGCUGAGUUCAGGGAGCACUUCUGGACACUAGCUCAGCCGGUCACUCACAGCCGCAACCAGGAAGGAGAGGUCACAGGAGACUGAAGACACAUCUGUGCCCCCGUGAGGCUGUUGUGUUCUCCACGCGCUGCCUUUCCACUUUACGGCAGCGCAGGCACCGCAGUGUGCAUGUUUGUGUUUGUCUAUUCUUGUUUGUCACCCAUCAGUUAGUGCAUUAAUAUGCAGAGUGUGUGUGUGUCUGUGUUGUGCGUGUGCAUAUGUAUGUCUGUGCUCCUCCGCAGUGCUAUUUCACAGCCUCCCACAGAAAGUGACACCUACACGGAAUGCACAGAUGGGUAUCAUUGGGACCCUCAGACUGAACAUUGCAAAGACAUUAAUGAGUGUGAGACUAUCCCUGAUGCCUGCAAAGGAGAGAUGAAGUGCUUCAACCACUAUGGAGGGUACCUGUGUUUGCCCCGCUCUGCGUCAGUCAUCCCUGCUCCAGAGCCUCCCAUCACACCCACAGAGACCUUCAACCCCUGUCCUCUGGGCUAUGAGCCGCAGGGCGACAGCUGCGUUGAUAUUGAUGAAUGUGAGAGGGAUGAACACGACUGCCAACCCAGCCAACAGUGCAUCAACACACUUGGUGCCUUCACCUGCCAGUGUCCUGAAGGUUACCGCAAAGUUGGCACUGAAUGCAUUGACAUCGAUGAGUGCAGGUACAGAUACUGCCAGCACCGCUGUGUUAAUGUCCCUGGGUCCUUCUCCUGCCAGUGUGAACCAGGCUUCCAGCUGGCAGGCAACAACCGCUCCUGCAUCGAUGUGAAUGAGUGUGACAUGGGUGCUCCCUGCUCCCAGAGGUGUUACAACACGUAUGGCACCUUCCUGUGUCGCUGCGAUCAGGGCUACGAGCUGGGACCUGAUGGCUUUGUCUGCAAUGAUAUUGACGAGUGCAGUUAUUCAAGUUACUUGUGCCAGUACCAGUGUGUUAAUGAACCUGGGAAGUUUUCCUGUGAAUGUCCAGAAGGAUAUCAGCUGCUAGGCACUAGGCUUUGCCAAGACAUAAAUGAAUGUGAAACUGGUGAGCACCAAUGCACGGAGGCACAGACAUGUGUGAACAUUCAUGGACGUUACCAGUGCGUUGACACAAACCGGUGCCAGGACCCUUAUGUCCAAGUGUCUGAGAACCGUUGUGUGUGCCCUGUCAACAAACCUGCCUGUCGUGAGUUGCCUUUCUCCAUUGUCCACCGCUACAUGAGCAUCACCUCUGAGCGAUCAGUCCCAUCGGACAUCUUCCAAAUCCAGGCUACGAGUGUGUCCUCGGGUGCCUACAACACCUUUCGAAUUCGCUCUGGAGAUGACAAUGGCGAUUUCUACAUUAGACAAAUCAAUAACAUCAGUGCCAUGCUUGUAUUGGCUCGAGCUGUCUCUGGGCCCAGAGAGUACACACUGGAUCUGGAGAUGGUGUCCGUAAAUCCACGUCUCAGCUAUCAGGGCAGUUACCAAAGUAGCUCCGCCUUGAGACUGUCCAUCUACGUUGGCCCAUACUCCUUUUAAAGGGAAAGAAAUGAAUCAGUUGAACCAAUCACUGUGAUGUUUAAAUUGUUGCUUUUUUUUACAAACACAAGUUGAAUAUAUAAUACAGUACAAUGCACAACACAUGUCUAGUAUUUCACAGAUGCAGCACUAAAUAAUAUUAGCACCAAUACAUCUAUCUAAGAGCUGCGUGGUCAAUAUAUGUAUCCGAUUGGAUCCUGAUGCUACUCACAUCUGCUGUGGGUGAGAAAAAUUGUGCGUGGCAUUUUUUCUGCCAGCCUUCAGGUGAAAUGAUUCAUACUGCCGUCACCACAAUAGUCUGUUUUCCACCGGUUUACAGCAUUAUCUUCCACUCUGCCUUGUUUGUCAUUUUAUAAUUCUUGUCAGCCCUGUUUCUUGUUGACACACAUGAUUCAGUAACCACUCGCAUCCGACCUCACGACCUCUACACUCCUUUCCAUGUAUUCUCUGUCUGCUGUUUGUCCCCUUUUUUUUUACAUUGUAAUUGUGAUGGUUAUUGGAAUUUAAAUAAAUACAAAUAUUUUA